CAAACACAUAAAUGAAAUAACAUGGUUCAAAUUUCAAACACGUUCCAUUUUGAUUUUUAUCUUCUCAGUUCUGACUAUCACUACACACAUUUUCACUCUCUUUAUCUUCGCCGGAGCUUUCUCUCUCUUCCACACAAAACCCUAAACCUUCACUCCUACACUCAUCAGAUCUAUAACUGUAACCGUUCCGUUGAAGCUAUCAUGCGCCACUAGCUUCAUUCCACCAAUGUCCGAACCCGAACGUCGCCAACGUUCGGUACAAUGGUCACCGGUGUUAUCCACGCCGGAAGCGAAACCAGUUCCACCUUCUUCAUGGGCUAAGAAAACCGGUUUCAGGCCAAAAUUCUCCGGCGAGACCAAUGCCGGUGAUUCUGGUCAGAUAGCCUUACCGCCGGUUAAGUCUAGAGAAGCUGAAGCCAAUCCCGAUCUCGAAGCAGGUCGUGUUAAGGUAACUCCUCCUCCGCCGGUAGCUAACGGCGAGAAAAUUCUACCACCGCUUCCACCGCCUGUAGUGAAGAAACGGAGAGACUCCGAUGGAGUUCCGAGUACCAAUGGCCAGGUGAAGGUUGAGCAGCCGGUGAGGAGAACGGCGAGGAAUGAAGAAGUUGCUGGUUCGUUGCCGCAGACUGUGGAUGAGGAUGGUUUUGCUUUAAGGCAUUCGCAUAUGAAGUAUGAAUUAAGAGAUUCACCUGGUUUAGUUCCCAUUGGCGUGUAUGGUAUUCAGCAUUAUGUUUCUAUAUUAGGUUCAUUGAUUCUUAUUCCACUUGUCAUUGUUCCUGCUAUGGGAGGUUCUCAUGAGGAAAUUGCUGCAGUGGUAUCAACUGUGCUCUUUGUGUCUGGAGUGACUACAUUGUUGCAUACAUUUUUUGGGUCCAGGUUGCCCUUGAUACAAGGGCCUUCUUUUGUUUAUCUGGCUCCAGUUUUGGCGAUCAUCAACUCACCCGAGUUUCAAGGAUUGAAUGAAAAUAAAUUCCGACAUAUAAUGAAGGAGCUGCAGGGGGCUAUAAUUAUUGGAUCUGCUUUUCAAACUUUCCUUGGAUAUACUGGACUUAUGUCACUGUUAGUAAGGUUUAUCAAUCCUGUGGUUGUAUCCCCAACCAUUGCUGCAGUUGGACUUUCAUUUUAUGGUUAUGGUUUUCCUCUUGUUGGCACAUGUAUUGAGAUUGGUGCAAUACAAAUAUUAGUGGUUAUUGUUUUUUCCCUUUAUCUUCGUAAGAUAUCUGUUCUUGGACACCGCAUAUUUCUAAUAUAUGCAGUUCCUUUGGGUUUGGCAAUUACAUGGGCAGUUGCUUUCUUGCUGACUGAAGCUGGAGCCUACAACUACAAAGGGUGUGACAUAAACAUACCUGCCUCAAAUAUGGUUUCUGAGCACUGCAGAAAGCACAUUUCAAGGAUGAAAUAUUGUCGAGUUGAUACUUCGCAUGCAAUCAAAUCAUCCCCAUGGUUUAAAUUUCCCUAUCCAUUGCAAUGGGGUACUCCUGUCUUCCACUGGAAAAUGGCUCUUGUGAUGUGUGUGGUUUCCUUAAUCUCAUCCGUGGAUUCGGUUGGCUCAUAUCAUGCAUCUUCAUUAUUAGUAGCAUCUAGACCUCCAACUCCUGGGGUUCUUAGUCGCGGAAUUGGUCUGGAAGGUCUUUCUAGUGUUUUGGCUGGUCUCUGGGGUACUGGAACUGGAUCUACCACUUUAACUGAAAAUGUUCAUACAAUUGCUGUGACUAAAAUGGGAAGCCGCAGAGCAGUUCAAUUGGGUGCAUGUAUUCUGAUAGUGUUAUCUCUCGUGGGGAAGGUUGGAGGGUUCAUUGCUUCAAUUCCUGGAGUCAUGGUUGCUGGUCUCCUCUGCUUUAUGUGGGCAAUGCUUACAGCAUUGGGCUUGUCCAAUCUACGCUAUAGUGAGGCUGGAAGCUCUCGCAAUAUCAUAAUAAUUGGAUUAUCAUUGUUCUUCUCUCUUUCCAUACCCGCAUACUUUCAACAAUAUGGCAUCUCUCCAAAUUCCAACUUGUCAGUGCCAAGUUAUUUUCAGCCUUACAUUGUGGCUUCUCACGGGCCUUUCCAAAGCAAAUAUGGAGGGUUGAACUAUUUCCUAAACACGAUAUUUUCGCUGCACAUGGUGAUAGCUUUUCUUGUCGCCGUUAUCUUGGAUAAUACUGUACCUGGCAGUAAGCAAGAACGCGGAGUAUACGUUUGGUCGGAACCUGAUGUUGCUAGAAGAGAGCCUGCUAUUGCCAAAGACUAUGGGUUGCCAAUGAGAGUUGGUCGGAUUUUCAGAUGGGUGAAGUGGGUUGGUCUGUGAAUGACAGGAGUCUCGUUGGCUGACCAUUUUUGGUAUAUGAAUGUCGUCAACUGUCCAAGGUACCACAUCAGUCCAGAUCUCGUUUUGUUGAAUGGGUAGUAUGAUUGGUUGGUCAUAGUUCCGAGUUAUUAGUGUACAUCAAAGUUCCAGAGCGGUCUAUUUGUGUUAUAAUUUAUUAGAUUAACCAUGUAUCUAGUUUUGAUUCAUUCAUAAUCUCCAGUUGGAGGUAUUUUUUAUUUUAUUUUUGUAAGGUGGGUUUUGACAAACAUCUUGGUCAUGUAUAUAUGAACAUUAUUAUUUAUAUCUGCCAAACAGGGACUGGAAAGUUUUAGUUAGUAUAUUAUUUAUUCUGUUCAACCUA